AUGUUUAGUAGCCGUUCUUCAAGAAGUACCGGGAAGAAGCCUAUAAUUGACCCCCCUGGCAAUGACAAGAAAAAGUCUCGAUUAAGCCUGCGAUUUGGCGACUCGGCUUCGAAAUCUUCAAUCUCAAAUGACACCAAGGCUCCGCCCUUUGAAGGACCUGCAUUUGAUUUUCGAGACGGCUUUCAACCUCGGAGUACAGAUAUAUUCAUUGCUGUGAUGGGGGUUACAGGGGCUGGAAAAAGCACUUUCAUUUCACUUCUCACCGAGAAAGCAGUCAAUAUAGGGCAUGCUCUACAAGCUUGCACCCAAGAAGUUGAGGUGUACCAAUGCAGAUAUAGUGAUACAGUCAGCGUGAUACUACAUGGGAUUAUCUACCUCCAUAGAAUUACCGAUCGCCGGAUGCAGGGGUCAGCAAAGAAAAAUUUUCGCAUGUUCAAGCAGCUUUGCGGCGAAGAUGCUGCCAAGAACGUUAUCCUCGCCACAACAAUGUGGGAGGAUGUUGCUCUAGCUGAUGCCGAGAAACGAGAAGCAGAGCUCAUAAACACACCCGAUUUCUGGGGAUUUAUGAUCAACAAAGGAUCGCAAGUUCGUCGGCACAUGAAUACAAAAGAGUCCGCAAUGCGACUGAUCCAUAUCUUUGCAAGUACCAAAUCGUCAAAUCACCCAAUGACUCUCGCAAUCCAAAAUGAGAUGGUCAAUGAAAACAAAGGGCUAGACGAGACUGCGGCUGGAAAAGAGGUAGAAGGCGCGAUUCUGAAAGAACGGGAGAAAUGGAGGAAGGAAUUUGCCGAGACGAGAUUAGAGAUGGAGCGAGCUCUAGCAGCGAAGGAUCAGGAAUCCUAUCAGUUGCUUCGUGACGAGCAACACAAACUCAGGGCGCACAUGAUACAGUCGGAGAGGAGCCAAAGGGCAUUGAAAGUGACCAUGGAAACAAUGCAUCAGGAGAAAUUCGCAGCUCUUGAGAAAAUGUUUCAACAAGAGAGAAAGCAACACGCCGAACAGUUGGCGGCAUAUCAACGGCAGGCAACCCUUCAAAAUCAAAGGCAGAUGGAGGAGAAAAUUGAACAGCAAAAAAUACAAAGCGCUAUGGCUCAACAAGCACAGGCGAACCUUCAAAAUCAAAGACAUAUGGAGGAGAGAUUCAAACGGCAAGAAAUACAAAGCGCUCAGGCCCAAGAAACACAGGCAAGAAUGUUUGCGAAGGAGCUGGAGACUGCCAGCGCCGCCCAAAAGUUUUUCAACGAGCAAAAGAGGAAUAGCGAGACAAUCCUUCAACGAGAGAGAAAGCGGCACGCCGAACAAUUAGCGACAUAUCAACAGACAAAUCUUCAAAAUCGAAAACAUAUGGAGGAGAAAAUCGAAAUGCAGCGAAUUCAAAGUGUUCAGGCUCAACGAGAACAAGAAAAGAGGCUAGAGGCUAUGGGAGAGAGCCAUUCCAAACAAAUCAGAGAACUAGAAGUGGCCAUGGCUCAAACUACAAGGCCCUCCACUCCCAUUUCGCCCGCUUUCAGUUGGCCCGACUCCGACUUCGUUGAUCCGCUCUAUCGCGCUCCAUCCCCCGACUUCGUUGAUCCGCUCUAUCGCGCUCCAUCCCCCGACUUCGUUGAUCCACUCUAUCGCGCUCCAUCCCCCGACUUCGUUGAUCCACUCUAUCGCGCUCCAUCCCCCGACUUAUACCCCAACUUCUCCUCUCGGUCUCCUGCUAGCAGAGAUUCGACUGAUUGUUGGAACCGGGGCAACUGUAGUGAAAAGAAUUAUUGUGGAAGCCCAGCGUGUUUUUACCCCAAUAUGGGGUGA